CCUACAAAUGAACAACUUCAGACUCAAAUGUAUUAACAGUAAUACCCUACGAUCUGUCGCUCUGUAUUGUGUCAGAAACAGAAAACUAAUGUGCAUUCAUUAUUUUAAUUUGAAAACUGGAUCGUUAUUCCAGCUGUUGUGACGACGUUGAAAGAGUUGCAGUCAUUUGGGAUUGCUAGGUUGCUCAUGUGAGGCGCGUCAGUUUGUUGAGCUACAUCUGUUGUACGCGUCAUUUAGUUUCCUGUAGCGUUAAACAGAGUGAGACAACAAAAAACAUGGCUUCUGUUCGUGUGUCUUUGGUGACUGUAGCUGUUAGGUUACUUCUAUUGGCUGGUGUUCUGCAUGUGAGCCACUGUGCUAACUGCUCGCAGCCUAUGGAGACGAUGGUACAAUGUUUCACAGACAACCACCUGACUUUACCUACCAACAUGGACUCCCAGUCGCCCACCUCACUGUCGUACUUCAAUGAACAGCUCUGUAAACAAACAGACGACGCGGCUAAAGCAAUCAGCUGCUUCUUUCAGUUCACAAUAGAUUGUUCAGGUAGUUUAGCCCCUGAUUUAGCGGGUUACCUCCCUUCACCAAACAAAACAAAAGAGCUGGUGACAAUCAUGUGCAGGAACUACUCACUGUUUGAUCAAGUUUGCUACAAUAAUCAAUCAGAAAUAAUUGCGACAUGCACUGAGUCACAAGUGGAAAAAAUAAUGAAAUUACCCAAUAUGGAUUAUGUGAACAUAACGUGCAAGUCUAUGGAAGCCAAUUACGGCUGCAUGAAGCCAGCUCUAGGAUCGUGUGGAUGUCAAACCUAUAAGGUGACGGACGACGUCUUCAAGGGUCCAAUGUGGCCAGAUAAAUGUCCUCGACCACAGUUUGCCAAUGUUCAAUGUGACCCAAAAAAUCCGAAGCUAUUCUUAGACUCCGGGUCACAUAUGGUGCCAAGUGCCAUUCUGUUGAUCUGUAUAACCCUCAUUAAGUUGCUGUUCUAGAGUUUCUUUUUAUUUAUACAUCUUACUUCAUCAAAGUUCGUAGCAAUAAUUUAAGCCUAGAUUUAAUAGCUUCUCCUCUUUUAAAAAAUGUAUAAUAUUAUGUUUACAUAUAUUUUAUCCCUUACAAAGUUUCUGUUUUUAAAUACAUUAUUAUUUACGUUUUUUUCUUGCUCUCCACAUCAGUUGUUAUAGAUGUAAAUUACAUUAAGAUAUUGUACCCUGAUUGUUUCUAACAAAAAUAUGUAUAAAAUUAUAUUACAAUGAGGUAGAAUACUGUUGUAGAAUUUAUAAUCCAAAAGAGGUACCCAUUUAAAGUUAUUUGUUAUCUAACAUUUUUUGUGUGUAAAUAUUUCAAACGCAAAGGACCUUGCUUUUUCCACUUGCAAUAUUGACUGAUUAUUAUAUAGUAUCAAUGCGUAGGCCUUAUUUUACAAGUUGAGAAUCAAACGUUAUAUAAAUACCACUACAUGUGCAUUUGAUAUUGAUGUAUUUAAGUCAAUAACAUACUUUAAUGUAUUUGUGUUCAAAAGUGUUUUAAUUUUAAACAAUUUGUGUUAUCUAUACAACUGUUUUGUAUAUUUGCUUUAGCCUUUACUACAUUGAUUAAUCUUUACACAAUCUUUACAUUCGCGCUUACGCCAUCAUCGUUUCACUUUCAUGCCCAAGGCAUAAGGGGCAGAUGAAGUAAAGUUCAUCGAUUUCAGUGACCCCGGCAUAAUAUAGUUUGGUCAACACUAUGUCCAUCCGCCUUAAUUUUCCCUAACGUGAGUUAGGCACCCAUCAGAGCUGGGGGGAUCAGGGACGUUCUUUUAAUUUGAACUCGUGUCCUUCGGCUUAGCAGUCUAGCGCGCUACAUCUAGGCCACCUUGUCCCAUGCUUAUGUACUGUGACAAAUUUGGCAACUCUUAUGUUAGAAUAUUGUUUCGCUAUUUCGCUGUUUCAUGUGUUCCAAAAGAGAUUUAGUAUUUACUAUAUGAUUCAACACAAAACGAAUGGUGAAGAGGUCAAUAAAACUAAAACUAAAUCAUAAUAUCUCUAGAACUAGUAGGUUGGUAGAGAUGUGUACGUGCUGGUUAAGUGGGCCUAUGUUCACUGAAAGUUUAUUUUCGUAACCUCUGAUUUUUUUUUCAACAUGUCUUCAAUGCGGGAUCAUUUCAAUUUGUGGGGUCGUGACAUUCAAUAGGAACUACGCUUGAAAUAAUUUGAGUAGAAUUUUGGUUCAUUUCAGUUUGUGGGUGUCGGGGAAUUCAAUAGGUAUUACGCUUGAAAUUAUUUCAGUAGAAUUUUGGUUCAUAUUCAUUCGCAUGGUGCUGUUUUCAAAAUUUGUAAAAUUUGAUCCAAUUUUAAUAAAA